AUGAAUGACAAUUUAAUAUUCUGUACGUUGGAGAAUGUUCAGCUACUCGACAAAUACAACCUACGGAACCCAUCCAAGGGUACAUUGUAUUUCGCUACAACACACCUCAUCUUCGUCGAUCAUGAGAUGAGAAAAGAGACAUGGAUUCUACUGAUGCACAUAUCUUCAGUGGAGCGGCUCCCAAUUACGACGACUGGCUCCCCGCUUCUGGUGCGAACUAAGACUUUUCAGUCGGUGUUCUUCGUGAUCCCUCGCGAGAGGGAUUGUCACGAGAUGCACCAAACACUCCUUAGAUUGAGCCAACCAGUACACAUUGACGAAUUAUAUUGCUUCCACUACAAGUCGACGCCCGAUGAUUUACCAAAGUCGGCGGGAUGGAACUUCUUUGAUAUACAGACAGAGUAUCAGAGGAUGAACGUGCCCAAUGACCAGUGGGUCCUUUGCAACGCUAAUAAGGAUUAUGAGCUAUGCGAUACCUACCCAAGUGCGGUGUAUGUACCGGCACGCGCUUCUACUGCUGUUCUCCUCGGAAGUGCCAGCUUCAGGUCCCGUGGGCGUCUCCCGGUGCUCGCCUACUUGCACCACAACAAAGCAGCCAUUGCUAGAUGCAGCCAGCCGCUUAGCGGGUUCUCUGCCAGAUGCAUGGAAGAUGAACAAAUGCUUGACCUGAUCAGGCGGGCAAAUCCCAACUGUGGCUAUAUGUACGUAGUGGACACACGGCCGAGAAUUAACGCGAUGGUAAACCGCGCAGCGGGCAAAGGCUACGAGAACGAAGCCUUCUACGAGAACAUCAAAUUUCAGUUUAUGGGUAUCGGCAAUAUCCAUGUAAUGAGGAAGAGCCUUCUAAAACUUGUAGAGACCUGUGAUCAGAACACACCAACAAUGUCGUCCUUCCUCAGCGGCUUGGAGUCGUCGGGUUGGCUCAAACAUAUAAAGUCGAUCCUGGACACGUCGUGGUGGAUCGCGUGCGCGCUGGAGAGCGGCGUGAGCGUGUGCGUGCACUGCAGCGACGGCUGGGACCGCACCGCGCAGGUGUGCUCGCUCGCCGCGCUCUGCCUCGACCCUCACUACCGCACCAUCAACGGCUACCAGGCACUAAUAGAAAAAGACUGGCUGUCGUUCGGUCACAAGUUCACACACCGGUGCGGGCACAUCGCUUGCGACGGCCGCGAGCGGUCUCCGGUCUUCACACAACUACUGGACUGUACCUGGCAACUGUUGCGGCAGAGACCAGAGGCUUUCCAGUUCAACGAGCGGUUCCUAUUGACGUUGCAUGACCACGCGCACGCUUGUCAGUACGGCACCUUCGUGGGUAACUGCGAGAAGGACAGGCGGGACCUGAGGUUGUCAGAGCGGUCCUUCUCUUUAUGGGGUUACAUGGCCAGUCAUCUAAACGAGUAUAAGAAUCCUUUAUACAAUCCUAAGUCUCACCCUGAUGUGCUCAAACCUGAUCUCAAUGCGCAAAGUAUCAGAUUUUGGCGUGGCAUGUACUGCCGCUACGAGAGCGGCGUCCACCCACGCGAGCCGCUCGGCGACCUGCUGCCCGCCGCCACAGAGCACUGCUCCGCGCUAGAGCACCACAUCAACUAUCUCACCAAGGUACAGUACUGGGGCAGGAGCUGCUGCCCGCCGCCACAGAGCACUGCUAGAGCACCACAUCAACUAUCUCACCAAGGUACAGUACUGGGGCAGGAGCUGCUGCCCGCCGCCACAGAACACUGCUCCGCGCUAGAGCACCACAUCAACUAUCUCACCAAGGUACAGUACUGGGGCAGGAGCUGCUGCCCGCCGCCACAGAGCACUGCUAGAGCACCACAUCAACUAUCUCACCAAGGUACAGUACUGGGGCAGGAGCUGCUGCCCGCCGCCACAGAGCACUGCUCCGCGCUAGAGCACCACAUCAACUAUCUCACCAAGGUACAGUACUGGGGCAGGAGCUGCUGCCCGCCGCCACAGAGCACUGCUAGAGCACCACAUCAACUAUCUCACCAAGGUACAGUACUGGGGCAGGAGCUGCUGCCCGCCGCCACAGAACACUGCUCCGCGCUAGAGCACCACAUCAACUAUCUCACCAAGGUACAGUACUGGGGCAGGAGCUGCUGCCCGCCGCCACAGAGCACUGCUAGAGCACCACAUCAACUAUCUCACCAAGGUACAGUACUGGGGCAGGAGCUGCUGCCCGCCGCCACAGAGCACUGCUCCGCGCUAGAGCACCACAUCAACUAUCUCACCAAGGUACAGUACUGGGGCAGGAGCUGCUGCCCGCCGCCACAGAGCACUGCUAGAGCACCACAUCAACUAUCUCACCAAGGUACAGUACUGGGGCAGGAGCUGCUGCCCGCCGCCACAGAACACUGCUCCGCGCUAGAGCACCACAUCAACUAUCUCACCAAGGUACAGUACUGGGGCAGGAGCUGCUGCCCGCCGCCACAGAGCACUGCUAGAGCACCACAUCAACUAUCUCACCAAGGUACAGUACUGGGGCAGGAGCUGCUGCCCGCCGCCACAGAGCACUGCUCCGCGCUAGAGCACCACAUCAACUAUCUCACCAAGGUACAGUACUGGGGCAGGAGCUGCUGCCCGCCGCCACAGAGCACUGCUAGAGCACCACAUCAACUAUCUCACCAAGGUACAGUACUGGGGCAGGAGCUGCUGCCCGCCGCCACGGAGCACUGCUCCGCGCUAGAGCACCACAUCAACUAUCUCACCAAGGUACAGUACUGGGGCAGGAGCUGCUGCCCGCCGCCACAGAGCACUGCUAGAGCACCACAUCAACUAUCUCACCAAGGUACAGUACUGGGGCAGGAGCUGCUGCCCGCCGCCACAGAGCACUGCUCCGCGCUAGAGCACCACAGCAACUUGAGAAUAACAACUUUCAAGAAUCUUUUAGGAGGCAAGAAAGCAGAUAAGAAUAAAGAAACAACAGUAGUUAAUUACCAGAACGGGAAUGUGAACUCUGUUGAAAUUGAAACUAAGACUGAAGAACUUCAAAUCGACAACAAGUUAUUGUACGAGUCUGGUGGCACUCUGUCGGAGCUCGAGUGCGCGAACCAUGACCACCCACUUAAAGAUACAACACCAAAAUCCAACAAGAUAUUCCUCAUCACAGAGAAGACAGACGACACGAUACCGGCCACCUUCGCACUUCUAGAAAAAGAGGUAAACACAGUGGCCUUAGACUGGAAGAGUAUUAAGAACGUCACCGAGUGCAGUUGUUCCACUCCUCUGGACCAUUUUAGUCGGAAGCACCACUGCUGGGGCUGCGGGCGCUGCGUGUGCACGCGCUGCGUGUGUGCGCGUGCGCCACUGCCCGCGCUGGCGGCGCCCCGCCCCGCGCCCCUGUGCGCCGCGUGCGCGCCCGAGGCCAGCGCGCCCGCCACCCCCGCCACCCCCGCCGCGCUCGCCACACCCGCCGCUCCCCUGCCCACGCCCGCGCCGGAAAUCGUGACACCCGCUAACUAG